AUGCGCCUCUUAAAGCUCAACGGCAACGGCGGGUUCACCCUGGAGACCUUCGGAACCACGAUCCCUCCUUAUGCCAUACUUUCUCAUACAUGGGGAAGCGACAGCGAUGAAGUCACAUUCAAGGACGUUGUGGGCGGUGUUGGAAAGAAUAAGGCUGGAUACCACAAGCUGGUAUUCUGCGGGGGUCAAGCCAAAUCCGACGGUCUAUCCUAUUUCUGGGUGGAUACAUGCUGCAUCGACAAGUCAGAUCCCAACGAACUUACGAAGGCGAUAAACUCUAUGUUUCGCUGGUACCAGAAUGCAGCGCGAUGCUACGUCUAUCUCUUAGACGUUUCAGUGCGCACGCAGGAUAGGCAGGCUGCACAUAUCGAGUGGGAGUCGUCUUUGCGCAAUAACCGAUGGUUUAGACGAGGAUGGACACUCCAAGAGCUUCUCGCGCCGAAAAUAGUCGAAUUCUAUUCCCGAGAUCACGUCCGAUUAGGUGAUAGAAAGUCACUUGAACGACAUAUCUGCGAGGAAACAGGAAUCGCCAUAGAGGCACUCCAACGUCGUCCUCUCCAUGACUUCAGCGUUGAGGAGAGGUUUCGAUGGGUCGAGAAGCGACAAACGACCGAAGAGGAGGACAUGGCAUACUGUCUCCUCGGAAUUUUCGGCAUUUUCUUGCCACUUAUAUAUGGCGAAGGGCAAGAGAAUGCAAUGAGAAGGUUGCGACGAGAGAUCAAGGACUCUGAGCAUAAAUCGCGGUCAUACGAAAAGCUAGCACGUACUAUUCCCUUUGAGCGCAAUCUUCGCUUCACCGGUCGCGAAUCCGAACUCUCUAGAAUUGAAAAACUACUUUUUCGACAUGGCCAAACCGUAAAGGUCGCAAUUACAGGGCUUGGAGGCGUAGGGAAGACACAAUUAGCGAUUGAGACGGUCUAUCGGACCAUGGAGAAACAGAGGGACUGCUCAGUAUUUUGGAUUCCCGCAACCGAUCCCGAAACCCUUCUUCAGGCGUACUCGGCAGUCGCCGAAGAGUUGGAUAUACCUGGAAAAGACGAGCAAGGAGCAGACGUGAAACGUCUAGUUCAGAACUACCUCAGUAACGAAAGCGCGGGCCAGUGGCUCCUGGUGUUUGACAACGCCGACGACUUGGAUAUGUGGAUGGGAAAACCAGCUGAGAGACAAUCAUUCCGUCUCCUCGACUACCUUCCAAAGAGCAGGCGAGGAAGUAUCCUCUUUACUACGCGAGAUAGGAAGGCUGCUACCAAGCUGGCGUCUCAGAACUUGGUAGAAGUACAGGAAAUGAACGCAGAGGUGGCUUCAGAGCUAUUACAGAAAUGCUUGAUCGGACACGAUCUAACUUACCUCCCGCUCGCCAUUGUUCAGGCGGCAGCGUAUAUCAAUGCGAACGGCACCUCGAUCGCGGACUAUCUUUCCUUACUUGAUGAGCAGGAUGAGUCUAUGAUUGAACUUCUGAGCGAAGACUUUGAAGAUGACGGCAGAUACCGCAAUAUCAAGAACCCACGAAUUCAGCAGCACGAUUCUUUGGCAGCAGACUACUUGUCUUUAAUGGCAUGUAUUGAGCCAAAAGAUAUCCCACAGAGUCUUUUUCCACCCGGCCUAUCUCGCAAGAAGGAGGUAGACGCUAUCGGGACGCUUUACGCGUAUUCAUUUAUUAGUAAACGUCCAGCAGGUCAUACGGUCGAUCUUCAUCGGUUAGUGUAUAUAGCUACUCGGAACUGGCUUCAGGAGAACGAUCAACUGGUCCAGUGGACAGAGAAAGCAGUCGUGCGACUAGAGGAAAUUUUCCCCGACAAUACCCACUCCAACAGGAGUAUAUGGAGGGCAUACCUGCCGCACGUGCGCGUUGUACUACAGUCUGACCUCGUUCAGAAGGAUUUGAAGAAGAGGAUAGAUCUCCAAUGGAGAUAUGGAACGUGCCUCGACGCCGACGGACGAUGGAGAGAGGCAGAGGUCGCUUAUUCCCAGGUUCUCGAGAUGGAAAAGAAGGAGCUUGGCGCAGAGCAUCCAGACACACUGACCAACAUGGCCAACCUGGCGUCGACGUACAGGAAUCAAGGCCGAUGGAAGGAGGCCGAAGAGCUGCAAGCGGAGGAGUUAGAGAUAUGCUCAAGGAUACUUGGCGCAGAGCAUUCUUCCACGCUGAGCAGCAUGGCCAACCUAGCGUCGACGGUGCUUGGCGCGGAGCAUCCAGACACGCUGAGCAGCAUGAACAACCUAUCAUUUACAUGGAAAGCGAUGGGACAGCAGACGAAAGCUCUCCAGUUAAUGGAUGAAUGUGCAAAGCUACGGAAGCAGGUAUUGGGAGUUAAUCAUCCCCAUUUUCUUUCUUGCUCCGCGGCGUUGAGCGCGUGGCGAUUAGAAUAUGAAGGUUGA